CGUGUACGCAACGUAUUAGAUGAGGUUUAUUUGUGGUGUCUCAGCAAUAUGCUUGUUGUUUUGUUAUUUAUCAACAAUUAAAGGGCUAAGGUUUAAGCUUAAAAACGGUGUUACGAAGUGUAUUCAAGAUGAGGCACACAAAGACGUUAUUGUACAUGGUGAGUAUGAGAUUACUGCUCCCCAUGAACACACAACCCAUAUCAAAGUCCGUGAUGUGAAAAAACAUUUACUAUAUCAGAGAGAUAAUAUAAAAAGCGGGAAAUUUGCAUUCACAACAGAAGACUUUGAUCUAUUUGAGGUGUGCUUCGAAAGUCAGCCAGAUAAUACUGAUACGGAACAAGAAGUCUUUCUUAAUAUAAAACACGGUACUGAGGCCAAGGAUUUUGAAAAGAUGGCGAAAGCAGAGAAAUUACAACCAAUCGAAGUGCUACUGAAAAAACUAGAAAGUCUAGCCGAUGAAAUCGUGCAGGAUUUUGUUGUCAUGCAUUCGAAAAGUAGCAAAGUGCGAAACAUCAACGAAUCUACUCAUACAAGGGUUCUCUACUUCUCAAUCCUUUCAAUGGUAAUCCUCAUCGGCUUCGCAUGUUGGCAGGUACUAUAUUUAAGACGUUAUUUCAAGUCGAAGAAGCUGAUUGAGUAA